AUCAUUCUGAUACUGAUUUCUGAACCGUGAACGUCUUCUCUUCUCUGAAUUUCUGAUUGUUCUGAUAAAAAUUAGAUACGAAUUUUUAAAGUAAUGAAUUUUCUACAUAAUGUGGCAAAUUAAUAAGCCUUUAUAAGUACGACUUUAGCAGAUUAUUGCUAUAGAAUGAUCAGUUUUCCUUCGUGUCGAUAAUGUGUUCAUUGAAAAUUCAUUAUCUUAUCACUUCUCCACUAAUUUUGUUAUUUUCAUCGAGUUGAUUUUUCCGUAUUAGAAAUCCGUCAUACAACGCUGGUUUUCAUGGCGAAAGAAACUAAAGCUGCAAUUUUAGAAGUGAGCACCGAUGAUGCCGUAUCAUCCGAAAAAGAUAUAAUCGAAGAUCUUCAAACGCAUUUAGAAAAGUCCUCGUCUGUAGAUUAUCACGAAAAUGUCAUUCCAUGUGAAAGUUUCAAACUUUACUCUGAAGAAGAAAAUCUUGAUGGUUUAGUGCUUGAUUUGAAAGUUGUUGUUGAUAGCCCUCAGAGACAUGUGGAAUCAUUCGAAACGUUCAUUUCAUAUCGUAUUUCUGUCAAGACCUCGAGACCGGAGUUUGCAGAGACAGAAUAUGUAGUCCGCAGAAGAUACAAUGAUUUCUUAUGGCUUCGAAAUAAACUCAUCGAAUCAUAUCCUACGCGUCUAAUUCCUCCUCUUCCUAAUAAGCAUUCUCUGUUGGGUCAUCUGGAUCGAUACGCCAAAGAUUUCAUCAUGUUUCGAAUGAUGAUGUUGAAUAGAUUUUUAAAUCGUUUGGUUAAACAUCCUAUUCUCAGUUACAGUGAACAUCUCAAAGUUUUUCUUACCGCGAGUCUAACGGAAUUAUCUUCUUAUCAAAAAAGUACUGGUUCAGGGCUGCUAACUAAAGUUUCAGGAGGAAUCUACAAUAUUACAUUGAUGUGCAACACUAAAGAGAAAAGCUUGGAAUUUGAAGAAGUUAAGAAAUACCUGACAGCUUUGACGGAAAAAUUGUUAUCAUUCGAGAAGGUGAUAUGUAGGAUAUACAAAGAUAGAAGAGAAUUAACUAAAGGAACAAUUCAGCUGGGUUUAGAUUUCGAAAAAUGGGCUAGUACUGAGAUUACUUUGUCACCUUUGCUGUUAUCAGUUGGACAAGCUCUUAGUGAUGUCAGUACCGUUCACGAUACAUUGCUGGUCAAUUCGUUAGAAUAUGUUGCUUUAUUGCCGGUGAAAGAAUAUUUGCUGUAUGCAGAUAGCGUGAAAGAAGCGCUUCUUAGACGUGACACUGUUCAAGUUCAAUAUGAAUCGUCUAUAGAAGAAAUUCACAGAAAGAAAAAUGAUCAGAUGUCGAAUAACGAUGGUGAUAGACGAUUUUCCAUUUGGAGAAAUAACGAUAAAGAAGAAAAAUUAGAUUCUUCGGAAACAUCUUCAAAGCUCAUCACUACAGUAGAAAACAAUCACGAUAAGCUGCAAAUUGCUAAUGAAGACCUAAGAUCGGAUCUAGAAAGAUGGAAUAUCGAAAAAAAGCACGAUAUAAAAUGUAUACUCUUGGCUUUGAGUGAACAUUACAUUCAGUAUUAUCAAAAAAGUUUAACAAUUUGGGAAGACAGUUUGAAGAAGAUCAGUGUGCCAUCAAACAAAAAGCUGUAAUCAAAAAAAUAUGACUGCCUCCUGUUACCUUGGUCAAUUGUUCUGUUACCUCUAUCAUUACGUACUUUUCCAUUCUUCAUAUUUUCCAUAAUUUUUACGUUUCUAUUUUAAUAGAAUAUAUUUUUUUAAUUUCCUAUUUCAUACCAAAUAAACAACUUUGUGAUCGCACAUUAUAUUUAUUAAGUCAUUAUUGUAAAACAUUUCACCUGUUUAGUGUUUAUUUAGCUUUUUUACGCUUAUGAAAAUGCUAUUUAAACAUAUUAAUCGUUCCAUAUAUUACUAUAAUCAAAGUCAUAUAAUUUCCAAACUUGAAAAUACGUUAAAUAUAUUGUAUUAUAUUAUUUUGAAGACUGCAUUACUGAUUUUUUUUUUUGUUAUGUACUUCAUAUAAAAUACUAUGAUAAUAUGCGUAAUAAAAUAUUUAUUAUGA